AUGGGCAUCCAGGGUAUGGAGCUGUGCGCCGUGGCCGUGGUCAUCCUCCUCUUCAUCGCCGUCCUCAAGCAGUUCGGCAUCCUGGAGCCCAUCUCCGUGGAAGACGGCGGCGAUGCCGAGCUGGAGCUCUCGGCCGUACGGCACCAACCCGAGGGGCUGGAGCAGCUGCUGGCGCAGACCAAGUUCACCAAGAAGGAGCUGCAGUCUCUCUACCGCGGCUUCAAGAACGAGUGUCCCAGCGGCCUCGUGGACGAGGAGACCUUCAAGCUCAUCUACUCGCAGUUCUUCCCCCAAGGCAAUGCCAGCACCUACGCGCACUUCUUGUUCGACGCCUUCGACGCCGACCGCAACGGGGCUCUCUGCUUCCAGGAUUUUGUCGUCGGCCUCUCCGUCUUGCUGCGGGGGACGGUGCACCAGAAGCUGAAGUGGGCUUUCAACCUCUACGAUAUUAAUAAAGACGGCUACAUCACCAAGGAGGAAAUGCUGGAGAUCAUGAAGUCCAUCUACGACAUGAUGGGGCGCUGCACCCACCCCGCCCUGAGGGAGAGCGCGCCCGCCGAGCACGUGGAGCUGUUCUUCCAGAAGAUGGACAGGAACGGCGACGGCGUGGUGACCUUCGAGGAGUUCCUGGAGACGUGCCAGAAGGAUGAAGACAUCAUGAGCUCCAUGCAGAUCUUCGAGAACGUGAUCUAGAACCCGGGACCACCCG